CGCCGUUCGGGUUGUGAAAUCCAUUCACCCUGAAAAAGACGAACUAUUGAAGAGGAUCCAAACAUGUCACGGUGUUUACAUCGACGUAUCACCGGCAAGACUAGGGAAAGAGAAGAAAACCCCACAUUCCAGUGGCCCAGUCACAGUAGCCUUAUUGCAAAAGGUUCAUCAAAAACAAUCGUUGAGGACAUUCAAAAGGAUAACCAGCAGAUAUAAGAAGCGUCUUUUAUGUAAAUAAAAUUAAGAAAUAGUUCGGGGUUUCUGCACGCAAAAAUGGUGCCCCUUGUACAUCUGGCUUCUUGGUUAACUGAAAAAAGCUUUAACUCUAAAUCUGCAAUGAAGGGUAUGACUAAUUUUGGGCUUAGCUAUAUAUAAGCACACAUAAUAAUAAUAAUAAUAAUAAUAUCAACAAUAUCAUCAUUAUAUAAAUUGAGUGUUAAGUUUUAAUUGUCAGUCUGUCAGUCAUUUUCUAUACCGCGUCUUCCAUAGUGGGUCGCUGUCGCCAAUCUCCAGCAGUCUAUGUGCGGGAGGCGGGGUAGUUUUAUUGGAUUUUCUGAUAUAAAUUUUUGUCUAAAAAGUGCAUAUAUUAUUGCAAAUAAAAUCGAUAAUGUAGUGUAACAUAGUGUCUUUUGUUCGGCAAAAUUAGCUUUCAUCAGAUUUGUAUUGUUGCCCAAUGGGAAACUUGCCACUCACAACAUGGCGAACGCGUCGACGCUUCAAUGUUUCUACGGCGUCCGAUUUUCAAUGUCGGUCUGAAUCACAGAAUACCCGAAGUGAUUUUCGAAAAAAUGGCGCCUCCUUCUGGCCUUUUGCUCGUCUGUAGCCGGUUAUCAUUAGCCAGCGCUGGAGGUACUGUAGGAUGCUGCGGAAGACGCCCUGUAGGUUUAGCUGCCGUACUGUCUGUGGACGUUACACGUUAAUUUGAGCCAGGAACGAGGAGCUGGAGAGGAUACAAAUGUUCCUUAAAUAUGUGGCGCUGUAGCGGCUCACUGCAUGGUCCCGAGGUGACUGAAGCAAGCUGGGGAAGCUGCAGCCCCUGUGGUGACUGAUGGCAGGGUCAAACAUGUCUCCACCUCUAGCUGUGAUGGUUGUGGUGGUCCUCUGUGUCCUGCUGGCAGGAUCAAGCCACGCAGGCCCUGAAAUGGACCCGUACAAAAUAUUAGGAGUAACCCCGAGAGCAAGCCAGGCAGAGAUUAAGAAGGUUUACAAGCGACUCGCUAAAGAAUGGCAUCCUGACAAAAACAAAGAUCCAGGUGCUGAGGACAUGUUUAUCAAGAUCACUAAAUCUUAUGAGAUCCUGUCCAGCGAAGACAAACGUGCCAGCUAUGACCGUUACGGGCAGACCGAUGAUACCCAGGCUUACAGCAGUGGCCGAUACGGCCGUCGCCAGGACAGCUUCUACUUUGACGAGUCCUUCUUCAACUUCCCAUUCAACACUAAGAGCCACAGGGACUUCACCGACAGCAAGUACACGCUACGCUUCAACCAGUACGUCAGCGAGGUGGUGCCUGACAGCUACAGGAGGCCUUACCUGAUAAAGAUCACCUCCGACUGGUGCUUCAGCUGCAUCCAUAUUGAGCCUGUGUGGAAGGACGUGGCGCAGGAGAUGGAGGGCCUAGGUGUCGGAAUAGGCGUGGUUGACGUUGGCUAUGAGAGACGUUUAGCAAAUCACCUCAGUGCUCACCGCACCCCGUCCAUACUGGGUGUCAUCAGUGGAAAGGUGAUGUUUUUCCAUUACGCUGUAGCAAAAGAACACCUGUGGCAGUUUGUUGAAGACCUCCUCCCUCAGAGACUUGUGGAGAGGAUCACUGACAAAAAUGAGCAGCAGUUCUUGAACAGCUGGCACGAGCUUAACAAGCCACACGUCCUUCUGUUUGACCAAGUUCCAGUUGUCCCUCUGCUAUACAAACUGGCAGCGUUUGCUUACAAGGACUACCUACAGUUUGGUUAUGUGGACCAGGGCCUUGCAGAGACGGCCGAGCUGCAGAAGCGCUUCAACAUUAAUACUUAUGCUCCGACCAUGCUGGUCUUUAAGGAGAACACUGACAAGCCUGCUGAUAUUAUACAGGCUAAAGGAAUGAAGAAACAAAUCAUUGAUGAGUUCAUGUCAAACAACAAGUUCCUCCUCGCACCACGGCUCGUCAAUCAGAAGCUCUUUGAUGAGCUCUGUCCUGUCAAACAGUUUCACAGACGUAGAAAAUAUUGUGUUCUGCUGAUCACAGCUGAUGAAGAGACACAUUCUUUUGGGAACCAGGCAUUUCUCUCGUUUGCAUCCACCAACACAAGGGAAGUUGUUAGGUUUGCUUAUGUGUACCAGCGACUACAGCAACCACUCUGUGACAUCCUAAUACAGAGCGAGGACGGCUCUCAGUCAUCACCACAGGUGGUGAUACUAGAGAGGCGUAACGCAGCCGGCAGAGCAUUGUUCAAGCCAGUUACAACCUGGAACGGCAGCGAAGAAGACAAGCUGCACCUCAUGGAGGAACUAGAGCGCCUUCAGAAGGACCCUUCCAUCCUCACCCAUGACGCCAUGCUGCCUGAACUCAACAACGAGUUUGCCUCGAUGUUUGUAGUACGGUGGAUCUAUGCAUCUUACGAUUACCUCUCUGAAGUCAUUGAUGAUAUUCUUCAUAACAACUGGCGUGAGAUGAUGCCUCUUCUGUCCCUCAUCUUCUCCGCUUUGUUCAUCUUGUUUGGAACCGUGGUGAUCCAGGCCUUUAGUGACUCCAGUGAAGAUAAACAGAUGAAACCAAAGGCGAAAGAUGGACCUAAAGCAGAAAAUGGAUCAUCAGGGACUAGUAGCACCUCAAGCCGGCCUCCGAGAAAGAAUUUUGUGGAGGUGACAGAGUUGACGAACAUCACCUACAUGAGCAACCUGGUGAAGCUGAGGCCUGGACACAUCAACAUAGUCCUUGUUCUCACUGAUGCCUCCAAGAACAUCCUUCUUAGCAAGUUUGCCAAAGAGGUGUAUUCUUUCACAGGGAGUCAGACGCUGCACUUCUCCUUCCUGAACCUCGACAAGCACAGCGAGUGGAUGAGCACGCUGCUGGAAUACGCCCAGGACCUGUCGCAGAUCGAUGCGGACGAGGAUGACAGCAGGUGCCGUAAAAUGGACUACACCGGCUUUGUGCUGGCUCUGAAUGGCCACAAAAAGUACCUGUGUCUCUUCAAGCCAGUCUACACUGGAGAGGAUGUCGACGUUAAGUCAUCCGAUGAAGAAGGGGGGGCGUCAGCGGGGAAACUGAGGCCCGGUUCCCGCGACGGUCACCCUCCACGGAAAUCCAGUCGCUCCCGCAGCACAUCCACCUUGCAGAUCCACCACAAACUGGACCGACUGGGGCUGUGGAUGGAAAGACUCAUGGAGGGCACCUUACCUCGUUACUACGUUCCUGCCUGGCCAGGGCUUGAGAAGAUCCCACCAAGUAAAUAGAUCAACAACUUCGUAUUUAACUCCUGUCACUCUGAUAUGUUUUGUUUUUGAAGGAGGUUUGGCUAAAAAUACCCCAGUUAAUAUUUGAGACCUUUAAUGGCUGCCGAUUUCUGUUAAAUAGGACAAACGUUAUAAGUUAACUACCAAAGGACUUUGCUGCAUGUGCUACUGGGUUCCCCUUCAGAAAUUACCCCUUUUGGCAGCUUUUGACAUUUUUGAUUCUUUCUUUAUUUUUGAUUUGAUGGCUGUCUUCUGUGCCUGACGUCCACACCCCUAAGCUUCUCUGGGUUUUUUUCUUUCUGUGCCGACCACCCUCACCUGCUACUGUUCCCUGAUCGUCUGCAUCAGCUCUCCUCUGCAGCUGAACUAGAACCACGCCCCGCCACCACCGCCUCAUCCUGUUGUGUUCCUACAUUAUAAAAUCACUGUGCUCUUGUUGAAAUUCAGUCAGCAUGUGAGAAGCUGCGCAACAGAAAUAAUCCGAUUUCAGACAAAGAAAAGCUGAAGAUGGCGAAGUUAGCUUCCUGCUGCCUUGUUUCUAACCUUUGCGUUGCUGUGGUAUGAACCGCUUGUGGAUGACUUGUCGCAGCUUGGACUGCGUUUUAAAGUAAAAACUGUGAAUAGAGAUGCAUGAAACUAAUAUUUAAUGUUUUUGCUCUUUUAUGCAUCUCAAAUAUUUGUUAUUUUAAAAAGUGAUUUAGUUAAUGUGCAAUAGAUCAUACUUCUGUAAUGAUGCUGCCUUUACCCAGGACCUGAAGGUGCACUCUCGGGGUCUUCCUCGAUCCUGUGCUCCAGCAGAGAAAGAAAACAUUUUUUUCGUUACAUGAGAACUGUUGGAAAGUAUCUUAUACAGUAGAAAAUUCAACAAACAAGAGGUCCUUAAAUAACCUUUUAGUUGCCUUUCCCUCCCAAAAACACUUAGCAGACAGUAGCUUUAUGUAGCCACGAACCUGCUGCCAUUUUUAUCACCUCCAGAUUUUCUAAUACACUACAAAUAACCAAUCUUGUCCAUGAGUGAAAGUGAAACUGUUUGUCACUUUUUUCUAAUAAUUUAAAAAGAGCUUAUAAAUGCUGUUUAGAUGAAUUAGUUAUUGCUUGCUACAAUAAUGUUGGAUUUGUAUUUUAAAGACUGCACCUCAUUUUAAUAAUUAUGUUUUUAAAUUCUGUGUAACAUUAAUGUAUAUACUACUAUAAGUUGUUUCAAGUUGUCUUAAAAGCAUUUAUUGUGUUUGUUGUUAUUCGAUACAUACUAUGUUUAUUAAUAAAGGCAAGAAUAGUAAAUUAA